AUGACGGAGCUGGCUAAAGAGGCAUUCACCUCCCGCAACUACCACUUGGCGGUCGAGCUGUACGAGAGAUGUCUGAAACAGCAAGGAUCGAGCUACGAGGUGCUGCUUGGUUACGGUGACUCCUUGGUCAAGUGCGGUCGUAUCAGGGAGUCUAUUGAGAUCUACUCCAGAUGCUCAACGGCGAUGUCCGUGCCGGCCGACAGACUGAAACACCUGGCAACCGCGCUCCUGGAGGACAUGGUCGGUAUCGGAGCGAACCCCAGACGGAGGCUCGAGACAUCCUUCGCGUGUCCCCUAUGUGAAGGCACCCUCUACCAACCGAUGACCGCCGGCUGUGGUCACACGUACUGUAGAAACUGCGUGCAUCCGUCAAAGAACUGUCGCGUAUGUGGAAUUAAAAUCGCUAUUGUGAGUGAAACGAAUGUGCUAGUGCAAAGACUUGUGGAGAGAUGGUGGCCACGAGAAGUGGAAGCCAGUCGGGCGAGGCAUGAGGGUGAUAUUCUCAUGAGGAAGGGUCACCUAGGUCAAGCACUGGAGAGAUACAACCUGGCAGUUCAUCUCGCACCGAAUAGUCCACUCCACCUUAGUAACAGGGCUCACGUCUUGCUCCUGUUGAAUAGACCUUUAGCCGCUCUCACGGACGCUGAUCAUGCAGUUAGAUUGCGGCCAGACUGGGGCAAGGGACACUAUAGAAGAGGAAUAGCUUUGUCAGCGCUUGGAAGACACGAAGAAGCGCUCUAUGCUCUCUGCAUUAGCGCGGCCAUUGAUAAAAAUCCACAAGCUGUACGCCAUGAAUUAACCAAGAUUCUGCAUAGAGUGCUGUCACCUAAGGUACAUCGACAAAAUGUCCUGUCAUCACGUAUGCCGUACAGUUUAACAAAAAGCGCGUUACGCACGAGAAAUCGUCAUCAACUAAUGAAUUCCAAUCGCAGUCGACGCACUACUCUAAACAGAUCCGAUUGCGAGGACAAUAGCAGCGGCGAAGAAGAGUUUAUACAGACAAUAAACAGAAGAAUUAGAUCCUCCAUCGUGCCACAAGUCAAUACAAAGCUACAAGCAAGUUUAGAUCGGGUAUAUCAGGAUAUAGAAAAAUUGAAAAGAAUCGAAUCGAGACCCGCCGAAAUUCUCUUGCCAACUCUUUCCGGCGGCACUGCUGGAGAAUUGGAUUGCAUCUUAUGUUGCCGCCUACUUUGGAAGCCCGUCACGACACCCUGUGGUCACACCUAUUGUUGGAUGUGCCUGGACCGUUGUCUGGAUUAUUCUUCAGCUUGUCCCUUGUGUGUUACAUCUUUGGUUGACUAUCUAGCUAGUAGCCAGAAAACUGUGACGGAUUUCGUAGAGAGAGCGCUUAAAAGCGUAGCGCCCGCGGAAUAUACUUCCAGAGCUGUGAGUCAUCAACUCGAACUGGUCCAAGGACUGGGACUUUUGGAUAACGAACAGAUCGCCGUCUUUAUCUGCACGACAGCAUUUCCCUGCGUGGCCUGUCCCCUGUUCGUCUAUGAGCCUAGAUACAGGUUGAUGGUCAGAAGAUGUGUAGACAGCGGAAUGCGCCAAUUCGGUAUUGCUGCAUGUCUUAACAAAGAGGCGACGGGCACAAAGAGAUAUGCAGAAUAUGGAACCAUCUUAGACAUUCGAGAUCGAGUAUUGCUCAAAGAUGGUUGCAGUAUUCUCAGCACGGUCGGUGGUAGAAGAUUUAGGGUUCUGUCUGGUGGAGAAAAGGAUGGUUACGAUACAGCACAGGUGGAAUUUCUCAGGGAUACCAUCGUACAACAAGAUCAAUUAUUGAACCUUCUGGAGCUUCAUGAUAAGGUACGAGCAAAAGGCCGAAGAUGGUGGGACACAGUGUCGAUCUCUCAGAAGUCCGAGAUUCAACGAGUGUUCGGACAUAUGCCAGACGUGGAGGAAGACUGGCCACGUUUAUCUGACGGUCCAUCGUGGGCAUGGUGGUUACUUGCGAUUUUACCGUUGGGACCGCAGCUGCAGGUGGGUAUUUUGGGCACUACUAGUUUGGAGAAACGGCUACGAGCUAUUGAGAAAACUCUUGAUCAUAUGGAGCAAAGACAACUGACAAUCGCUGCUGCCCCUUCCGAGCAAACGACGACAUCAUCAAGCAUCUGUAGAGACGGAAGAGCAAUUACGGAGACAGCAAUGUCGGUCAUUCAGCAAUCAUAAAAAGCAACAAAGCGAUACUUUAGAAGCACCAAUGUCAUUCUGUGGCCUGGAAAUAGGAUCGCAAAUCCUGUAUCUCGCAUUCUGUGAA